AUGAAUACAACACCGCAGCAAAUCCUCAACAUUGAUGAUGCCCUGGUGUCGGAGGCCAAUCCCGCGCGCCUCAGUGGCCCUCUUGACUACGAGCGAUGUGCGAGGCUACACAACUACCUGGUUGCGUAUGGCUGGAUGGCCCGCCAUAGACAGGAGACACCCAAUCUCGAUGAGCUAGCUAGUCAAGCUUUCGUUUUCCCAAACGAAGAUAUACAGGCUGUGCGCGAACGACUCCACCCAUCAGUGAAUUCCUUCCUAGAUUCGGUAUUCUCGCCUGAGCCUAGCUUCUUUUACUGGGUGAAUGAUAUUACAAUGGAGUUGGUCGACGAAAUUUUUCAAGAUGAGGACAACGAUCUAAACGAUCUAGAACGAUUUGUUGUUAUUUAUGGCACUGUGUUUGAGUUGGGCUCGCAUUGUGUCGGCGUCGUCUAUGACCAACAACUGCAUCGCGCUGCCCUCCCAAUGACGCUUGAGAAUCUGGAUAGCGUGCAGCCGAUAGACGCAUGA